GACUGUGUGUGAACAACAACCUGCGUCACUUUUAACGAAUAAAAGCAACUCGGUGGUCGCCUGUGUCCCCUCAGCGCGUGCAGCAUGGCUUGGACAAAAUACCAGCUGUUCCUCGCGGGACUUAUGCUCACAACCGGCUCCAUAAACACACUAUCGGCAAAAUGGGCUGACACGUUCUCAGCGAAGGGUUGCCGGGACGUCCCUGAACAUUCGUUCUCUCACCCAUUUGUACAGGCAGUGGGAAUGUUUCUGGGAGAGCUGAGCUGUUUGGCGGCCUUCUACAUCUUACUUUGCCACGACAGACGUAGCCCAGAGCCCAAGAUGAACCCAGCUAGCUUCAGCCCUUUCCUCUUCUUCGCACCGGCCAUGUGUGACAUGACGGCCACCUCCAUCAUGUAUGUUGCGCUCAACAUGACGAGCGCCUCCAGCUUCCAGAUGUUGCGUGGAGCUGUUAUCAUCUUCACCGGUCUGCUCUCUGUGGCUUUUCUGGGGCGUCGCCUUUUGGCCAGCCAGUGGAUCGGCAUCCUCAUCACCAUCGUGGGCCUGUUGAUAGUGGGCCUCGCCGACUUCUUCAGCGGGCACAAAGACGACCACAAAAUCAGUGAUGUCAUCACUGGAGACCUUCUGAUCAUCAUGGCUCAAGUCAUUGUUUCAGUGCAGAUGGUCCUGGAGGAAAAGUUUGUCUAUAAACAUGACGUCCAUCCUCUGCGGGCUGUUGGUACUGAAGGUUUCUUUGGUUUCUUUGUUCUGUCGCUGCUGCUCAUCCCCAUGUAUUUCAUACCUGUGGGCGAGUUCAGCAACAACCCUCGGCGUGUGCUAGAGGACGCACUGGACGCCUUCUGUCAGAUCGGGCACCAGCCUCUCAUCCUGCUCGCUCUGCUGGGUAACACGGUCAGCAUUGCCUUCUUCAACUUUGCCGGGAUCAGCGUCACCAAAGAGAUCAGCGCCACCACCCGCAUGGUGCUGGACAGCCUGCGCACGCUGGUCAUUUGGGUGGUGAGCCUGGGCUUGGGUUGGGAGCAGUUUCACGGCCUGCAGGUGCUGGGCUUCCUGGUCCUGCUGCUCGGAACGGCACUUUACAAUGGAUUGCACCGCCCCCUGCUGGCCAGGAUACCGUGGUGCGCUGGGAUGGUGACCGAAGAGGAAGAGAGCAGCUCAGGAGAAAGGGAGAGACUGCUGAAUAACGGCAGGGUUCAGGCCGAUGCCGAGAGCUAAAAGUGUGUCGGUACUGUCACAGACACUGCACCUUUAUUGAAUGCUGUCACUGACUAGUUUUUUUUAAUUGAGGGUUUUUCUUCCCACACCUCAGGUUUUAACUGACGUCACAGUCAAAGAAAACAUGAUAAAGAGGGAGAUGUAAAGCAGCUGUAAUAUUAGAAUACAGGUUUUUUUUAGGGGUUCAUUUGUUGUGUCUGUCUGAAAAAAACAUGAAUAAUUUUUAGGCAGCAUCAACCGUUGUUCCCUCACCCUUUUUUAUCUGUUUUUCAUUCUAAGAAAAGGCUUGAACUGACCGAUUUUUUAGUGUUGUUGCGUGUUAAAUCACUAAAGCACAGAUUUAUGAAAAUUACUGUCAUACAAGUUAGAAAUUAUUGUAAAGACCAUGAAGGUGAUUCUCUGUAAUAGAUCUAUUAUUGCCAUGUAUGUUGUUUCUGAUAAUGAUUUUAACAUCUCCAAAUGCUCCUGUAUGUAAAUUUUCUUUCUAGUGAUUUAGAAUGGGUUUUAUUUUUAAAUGUUGCUGACUGUGCAGUAUGAUUGUGCCAAAGUUUUUUCUGCUUGCACUGAAUGUCAAUUGACUGCCUUGUGAAGGCAACAUCCAACAUUUCAGACUGCAGAGUCAUUGUCUUAAUCUCAGUUUGAUUGAAUUCAGAAUCUACUGGAUGCAGAAAAGCAGUACAUCUGUGCAUCUAAGCUCUGAUCUUUUCACACUUUACUUUACUUGUACAAAUCAACAUGUAACAGGAGGACUAAGCUGGUACAGUGAUUUGCAUUCGUUAUUGUAAAAUCCUGUUUCUCAAUUCAGUUGAAGUCGUUUGAGGUGUUGGCUGUUAUGUACAGGAAAAAAAGGGAACUGUUAUUUAAUCACACUAGUUGUAUUGUGGAAUGGCAUUUUUACUUGUGUUGCAAUUUUAUCAUGGUGGAGGAAGAGAUUUGAAAAAAACAAACAUUUAUGAAACAAAUGUUUAAAAGGC